AUGUCCGUGAAGGACGAUGAUCCUGCCACGAAUUUCGCUUCACGAAUAGCUACUGUGACGUCUCUAUUCGCUAUUCUUAGUUGUUCUACUCUAUAUACGGCUACAGUCACAGAAGUCGAGAUAUUCUUGGCCAGCUAUGAGAAACUUGUGACGUCAUUUCAGUUAUACUUCCAUAGUCAGCUGGCACUGUGCCCACCAGGAACGCCAAUUCCUUGUGGUAAACACCAGUUCCCUCUACAGGUGCUUAUACCAGAAAAUGCUCCAAGUAGUUACGAAAGCCAAUUCGGUUCCAUUCGGUACCAGGAAACUCAUCAGACCACUUACGAUGAUUUGCAAUCACUGGCCGUGGAGCGGUUGAAAAGAGGUGCUUAUUACUCACGAAGGACAGCAUACGCGGAGUACGGCGUUCAAGAGCGAAGGGAAGAAAGAGGUGGCACCGGUCGGGCGGAGCCUCGACGGCGUCAUAGCCCAUAUGAACCUAAAAUAUGCGACUGCACAGUUAUCCAGUGCCCACGUGGUCCUCGUGGCCCUCCCGGAAGCAAUGGUGUGCCGGCGGAUGACGGAUUACCAGGUGUUCCGGGUCGCCCUGGUGUCGAUGGAGUGUAUUUAGGGAGAAGAAACGGUUUGCCCGCCAUGUCCACCGGGGCCUCGUGGAGAGGACGGAUCACGAGGAGAGCAAGCUUCGCUUCCAUAAGGAUUGCUUCAGGUGAACAAGGAAGGCCAGGUGUCGCUGGAUUGCCAGGAACUGAUGGAACAAAUGAACCAGGACCCGUUGGAGCUCCUGGAAACAGGGGUCAAUCAGGAAGACCUGGAAAACAGGGCCUACCUGGUGAAGCUGGACAAGAUGCAGUUCAACUCAUUGGGGUUCCUGGACCAAAAGGAGAACGUGGUCCGCCUGGAUUUCCUGGUCCACGCGGAGAUCCGGGACUCAGUGGACUACCCGCUCCUCCAGGACUUGAAGGACCGCCAGGACCUGUUGGAGAGCCAGGUGAUCAAGGUGAUUUCGGGAUACGUGGUGCUCCAGGACGUAAGGGCCCUCCAGGAGAAGAUGGAGGAUACUGUCAGUGUCCUCCUAGAGAAGGAACUGGAGUGGCGAACCGUGGCGGCAUGCAAAGCCUUCCUACCAGUUGGGAGGAAUAUCCACAGCCCCGAAAUGAGUACCCAAAGGAAAAGCCGCCACUGUCGAUAAGGCCCCAGUUCACUGAAGACGAAUAUAUCGAAUAUCAACGCAGAACUAAAAACAAACAUUACAGGGAUACUCAUCAAGCCCAUGUCUGGCGUUCUCCAAAUGCUGCAAUGAUAACAUAUCGUGACUCCAGAGAGAAGAAAACACCACACCGACGACUCCCUAUUGUUCGGCAUUUCGAGGGCAAAAAGGCGACGAGGAACGGCGAUACGAUCGAGUUUGAACUUCGUGCUCGAUGA